GAAUUCGGAGAGUUUGCAUUACUUGACAACAUGGACUCGAGAGAAAGAUACCUCUUUGAAUACAGCAAAAAAUACCCAACCGCCUCCUAUGAACAAGCCAUAGAAGCAUACGAGAAACAACAAGCAAGACAUGUCAGUAGGAGCCUAGGGAAAAAGCAGCCUGAAAUUGAUCUUAACACUUUUGCAAUGAAAAUGGAUGUUGUUGAAUAUGCAUUUGAGCACCAAGACAAACAUGACCAAAACAAUACUGUCAAUGCCUUUCUCAAGUUCUUGCAGGAGGAAUGCAUUAAUCGAUGGACGCCCGAUUGUAAUUAUUAUUCGCCAUAUGUGUCAGUAGUACAAGCGAGUGGCAUGGGAAAGUCUGCAAUGAUCAAAUUGAUUUCUGACAGAGUAUUUGUUGUAUACUGUUGUUUGAGGAAUGUGCAAAAGCAAGAAUUAGAUCUAGGCUAUCCAAAAUCGUCCAGCAUCACUCCAAUCUUGUUGCUUGAUCAUAAGUUGACAAAAACGUUAGAUAAUGGGGUUGAAAUUUCUGUUCAUCCAGAAAACAUUCAUCUGCAAUUUCUGGGUGCUUGUAUUAGUAUAGAUUUGCUGGCCACAUCAUCAUCAGUGACGCCAUCAGGAUGGUUUGACUUCCAAAAAGAUCCUUCCUUUUGGUCACAAAUUCAUGCAUUGAUGGAGAAACUGAAGAACGAAAUCCCAGAACCUCAGUCUGAAAUUGAACUGCAAGACGAAAGGCUCUCAUCAGAAUUCCUGUCAACUAAAUUGCGAUAUACUUUUACUAGCUACCUAUUCAAAACCCUAACCCAUACAUCCAAGCUCUCUACUUCUCUUUCUAAUCACUAUCUCUCUUAUCAAAAUGAGCAAUCCUGA